CAAGUACAUCUAGACAGCUACACCGCGGACCUUAAGAGUAGUCUACUCGCGGUCACCAUUGUAUCACAACGUGUCAACAUCUUCAGUUAAUCGAUUCUUGGUUAGCAGGUCCAUUCAAAAUGGCGCUUAUAACACCGUAUUGGGGUCUAGAUGGCAUCCUACUAUUCGCAUCCCUUAUGGUGGCCGCAUAUAUGUACGCAACACGGAAAUUUAAAUACUGGGCGAAAAGAGACAUCAUGGAAAUUCCUCCGACACCGUUCAUAGGAAAUUUCACGCAAUGCUUUUUUUUGAAGAAGUCACCAGCGGAAUUUGUGAAGGAACUGUACGAUGCAUCCAAAGGAUUACGUUACAUGGGAUUUUAUAUUUUCGACAAGCCAUUCUUCCUAGUACGGGACCCCGAACUUGUCAAGCACGUCCUGGUUAAGGAUUUCAACAACUUUAACGAUAGAUAUGGUUCGCCGGAUGUGUCCGACCGGCUUGGAUACGCAAACCUUUUCAUGAUGAAGAAUCCUGGCUGGAAGUUACUUAGAACGAAGCUGACGCCAAUCUUCACCAGUGGAAAACUGAAGAAAAUGUUCCAGCUAAUGGCUUUAGUCGCCAACGAUCUGGACGACUAUCUGGAUUCGCAGAAGUUGGAAAAUGGCAAAGUGAUGGAAGUGAAGGAUCUUUGCGCGAACUUUACCACAGACAUGAUUGGUAGCACCGCCUUCGGUCUGCGAGUAAAUUCAUUGAAGGAUAAUAAUGCACCUUUCCGGCAGUUUGGCAGAAAAAUUUUCGAGUACAAUGCAUUUCGUGGGUUCGAAUUUCUCACCAUAUUCUUCAUGCCGCAUUUAACCAAAUACACAGGCGCGAAAUUCUUCGGGAAGGAGACCAGUACAUUCCUUCGAUCUGUAUUCUGGGACGUGAUUAAUCAACGAAUCCAGUCUGGAGAGAAAAGGAACGAUCUUAUUGAUCUUCUAAUCGAGUUGAAACGGAACCAUGAGAGCGAAGGCGACCUUGACGGAUUUCAAUUCAGUGGCGACGAUUUAGUGGCACAAGCAGCUGUCUUCUUUAGCGGUGGUUUCGAAACUUCAUCCACAACCAUGUCUUUUACCCUUUACGAGCUUGCGUUAAACAUGGACGUGCAGAGGACUCUGAGGAAAGAGAUCCUCCAAGCUCUUGAAGAAACCAGUGGAAAAGUUACAUAUGACAUGGUUAUGACGCUACCAUAUCUCGACAAGGUGGUCUCAGAAACUCUCCGCAAGUAUCCACCAUUGGCAUUUUUGGACCGCAUCGCUAUAACCGACUACAAAAUCCCGGAUUCGAAUUUAGUGCUGGAAAAAGGAACUCCGGUAUACAUUUCUAUGAUGGGAAUGCACUAUGAUCCGGAAUACUUCCCUGAUCCGGAGAAAUUCGAUCCCCUGAGAUUUAACGAAGAGAAUAAACAGAAACGACCGAAUUUCACUUACUUCCCAUUCGGGGAGGGACCUCAUAUUUGCAUCGGCAUGCGACUGGGUCUCUUGCAAUCGAAGCUUGGACUUGUCCAAAUGCUGAGCAAGUACGAGGUGACACCUUGCGAAAAGACAUCAAUCCCGAUGGUUUUAGAUCCAAAAGGACUCACCACGACGGCGCUAGGAGGAAUACAUUUGAAUGUCCGGAAAAUCAGUACAGAAGCUGGUUAAAUCAUGUACAAAUUUAAUGUUUAAUGUUAUGCCAGUGGAUUGAUAAUUAAAAAAUUCUUUUCCCUUGAAAUACGUAGUUAAAUAUGCAGACAUAUGUAAAUAUUGUGCAUAAAUUAAGAGGCGAUACCUGACUGAAAGAAUAAAGGAUUUUUCCGUUUUUA